AUGUCAGUGGACAUUUUUCUGGAGUGGGCAGACGAAUUCAAACACGACUCCGAGGGCCAACAGCUGGGCAGCGCGCGAGUCAACCGAGACGCCCAGGGGUCCCCAGACACAUCUGAAAUCCGGGCUCCUGAGAGACCUGGGAGCAACGUGACACGAUACCGGCCACACAUCGGUGGGAGGGAAGUGGAGCACAGCGCAGGCAGCCUCCUGUUGGCGUCCCCACUUCGGCCCCAGGAGCUGGAAAUGACCGGGCCUUGUCAUUGCUCACAGUAUGAAAAAGCUUUCUCACCCAAGCAUCUGCAGAACUGGUCUCUCGCCAAGCCAACAAAAGAGAGGAUUUCUUCCCAUGAAGGCUACACUCAGAUUAUCGCCAAUGAUCGUGGUCAUCUGUUGCCUUCAGUGCCCCGUUCCAAGGCAAGUCCUUGGGGUUCCUUCAUGGGCACCUGGCAAAUGCCUCUGAAGGUACCCCCUGCUCGGGUGACCCUGACCUCCCGUACAGCUGCUGGUGCUGCCUCCCUUACCAAAUGGAUACAGAAAAAUCCUGAUUUACUCAAGGCCUCCAAUGGGCUACAUCCUGAAAUCUUAGGCAAGCCCCAUGAUCCAGACAGUCAGAAGAAACUUGGGAAGUCUAUCACAAAGACUGUACAGCAAGCAACAAGUCCAACCAUAAUUCCAAGCUCCCCAGCAUCAAUUCUCAAUUCCCCAGAUCAACUCCAAUGCUCACACCCCUCUGAAGGUCACACUCCAGGUCCCCAAAGCCCACCCAGCUCUCCAAAGAGUCCAACUGGAAGCCCAUGUAUGCUAGAACACUGUGCAGGUCCUAAUUUAGCCGAGGUCCAGAAAUGCAAACCUGGAGCUCCAUAAGGGUCUAAGGGACCACACUGAGAAAACCUGUCUAGAGAUUGAGUGAUGUAAGCAAGACCCCCCAGUCAGGGAAAUUAUGGAUGGCAAUAAAGGCAAAUUUGGAAAAUAAACAUUGUUUGUUGAAUCUUUUACUGAUUUGGAUUUUUCCCUCCUGCUACGUCUGCCUCUUUUAACCCAUAACUAGGAGGAGGGUUGGAGGAAAUAGAGCAGGGAAAAGAACAUGACAGUGGCUUGGGGGUAGAACACAUUUUUACAAGGAUUGAGUCAUUUCCAGAAAUAACCAGUCACCCCUACUCGCUCACUUUUUAUCCUGAGCAUGAACUACAACUUCAAAGUCAGAAGUACAAUCAUUUAGAGUUGAGUAUGUGUACGUGCAUUUGGAGAAUGUGGGGAAGAAAAGGGUACAGGAAGCCAGAGUAGAAGACACAAUCCUUGUCUAACACUUCAUUAUCUGAUGACAGAACACACAAGGAAAACAAAUUAGAAUUAUAAAAUCAAAACUCAAGCAAAGGGGGUUUCCCUGGUGGCACAGUGGUUGAGAGCCCACCUGCCAAUGCAGGGGACACGGGUUCGUGCCCCAGUCCGGGAAGAUCCCACAUGCCGCGGAGCGGCUGGGCCCGUGAGCCAUGGCCGCUGAGCCUGCGCGUCCAGAGCCUGUGCUCCGCAACGGGAGAGGCCACAACAGUGAGAGGCCCGCGUACCACAAAAAAAAAAAAAAAAAAAAAAGAAAAGAAAAAAACUCAAGCAAAAAUACAAAUAUAAUUUGAAAACUGAAGAUAAAGAAGUGAUUGGAAGACAGAGAAGAGAAAUAAAGGGAGACAACAAGUAGAAAUUUAGGACAGAAUAACAUACAUGAUGACCACACUGCCACUCCCCCAACCCCAAUCACCUGAAUGAUAAGCCACCAAAAAAGUCCCUUAUCUAUUUCCCAACCUCCAAUUUCUGUUUAUCAUUAUCCCCAUUCUGCAUCUUCCUGGCACUGGCUGUUAACUUUAAUGCCCUUGCCAAACCUUUCCCAGUUCCAGUGCCCAAUUGUUCCCGCAUGAACAUGUAUGCCUAACUCCAAGGACAAGUACAGAGGACACAUGUACACGCUGAAGGAAGGCUACAAAGACUUCCCAGGGCCAGUGUGGCAGAAAGGGAGAAGUGAUCAUCACUUUAAGCCAAAGACUGCUUGGGAGCUGGGAUGAAGACUGUUGAGGCAACUAAGUAAGGUCUUCCUCUCCAACUGACACCAAUUACAGCCACUGUUACUUCUCUCCAACCCACAGCUUUAACUGGUUGGCUAAAAACUCAGUGACAGACAGGAUAGAUCUGUCACCCCAGAGUUUCCAAAGACUAUCAAAACAGCACUGCUGUCAAGGCAGUUAGGGACCCAAAAGCCUGGCCUACAUGGAUUAUAAAAGUAGCAAGUUUUCUCAUUAAACUAUAAAUGUUUGCCAGGUUUCCAACAAUCUCUCCUUUCUUACCUCUACUCUCCUUUCUCCCCAAAUGGACAUACUUAGUUCAUAUUCAUAGUCCUUUGGCUGUCCCCUCUAUUGUUCCUUGCUGAACUGUACCUUAAGGCUUAUAAUAAUCAGUUCUCAGUGGGAUUUUGGGGCCUGUAAUAACCAAAAAGCUCUCCACAUGCUUAACUUCCUCUCUCUUGCUCCUUCCUUCUCUGAGGUUUCGGCAAGAUGUUAAAUUCCUGGCUACUUGCAUUUGAUUCUCUGAAAAUUUUUCCAGUGGUCACUUGUAGGACAAACUGUUUCCCUCCUGAGA